AUGGCAGGUGAACAAGGUAUUCCCAAUUCAUUGAAAUUCGCAUUCGGUGCGGGUGCAGGUAUGUUAGGUACCUGCUUCGUACAACCCUUAGAUUUGAUCAAAAACCGUAUGCAACUGAGCGGUGCCGGAGGUAAAGCAAGCGAAUAUAGAAACACUUUUCACGCAUUCUCUUCCAUACUCAAAAGCGAAGGAAUAUUUGCGUUAUACAAUGGCUUAUCAGCGGGUUUGUUAAGGCAAUUCACCUACACGGGUACAAGAUUGGGCGUGUAUACCUAUUUAUUUGACAUGAUGAAGAAACCAGACGGUUCCCCGCCAGGCUUCGCCCAGAAAGUAGCCAUCGGAAUGGGCGCCGGAAUAUGCGGAGCCUUCGUUGGCACCCCCGCCGAAAUUUCCCUGAUCCGCAUGACCGCCGACGGCCGUUUGCCGGCCAACGAGCGCCGGAACUACAAGAACGUCUUCGACGCCCUGUUCCGGAUCGUCCGGGAGGAGGGAGUGAUGACGUUGUGGCGCGGCGCCACGCCUACCAUAGGCAGGGCGGUGGCGGUGAACGGCGCCCAAUUGGGCACCUAUUCGCAAGCCAAAGAAAUGUACACCAAAGCUUUCAACUUACGCGACGGGAUACUCUUGCAUUUCGUAUCUUCGAUGACCUCAGGAUUGAUCACCACCAUCGUUUCGAUGCCUAUAGACAUUGCCAAAACUAGAGUACAAAACAUGAGGAUCGUAGACGGCGUGGCGGAAUACAAGGGACCAGUGGACGUGAUCAUGAAGAUCCUGAGAAAUGAGGGGGUUUUCGCGCUUUGGAAGGGAUUUACCCCGUAUUUCUUUAGAUUGGGCCCUCACACCGUGCUGACGUUCGUUUUCCUCGAGCAAAUGAACACGGCUUAUUACAAAUACGUUUUGGGUAAGAAAAAAUCUGGGGGAUUUUGA